ACUUGUUAGGGUCGGGCACACGGCAUUAUUAUUUAAACUCGAUAUGGUGCUCUACGUGGUAAAUGACAUUGUUCGUGCUUGACUACACACAGGCAACACAGUUGGAUUACGGAUCCUAUAAUAUAACAUGGAGUUACCUCCUAGCCCAAACCUAAAUAAGUGUUGAAUGUUCUCGAGUGUUCGGUCAGUAUAUAAAGCAGGACAGCGGCGACCUAAACAAAUACAUUUACAUCACCAGGACCGAUCAUACAGAAGGCAACACCAUGUCAAAGGGCGGAGAUACAGUUAUCGACAAGAGUGAUAUCACGGAAAUAAAAUCCCUAAGUAACCCGCCUCAGCUGGUUAAAGAGCUCCUGACAGUGACACUCCUGCUGCUGGGCUAUCCGGAGAAGGAGGCUGAGAACUAUAACACAUGCCGUCGUGUCUUGGCUGCCCCGGGGAAGGAUGGUCUGCAACAGCAGAUGAUGAACAAGGACGCCAGCUCCAUCCCUCCUGACACAGUGGCUAAAGUCAGGGCUAAGCUGCAAGAGUACUCAGUGGAGAGGGCAAUGUGCGUGUGCUCAGCUUCAGCCGGACUAUACACGUGGGCAAGCAAAAUGACAGCCUAAGUUAUAAAUGACUGGACAUUAGCACACGGAAUUCUACCAGAACCUGAAGCAUAGACCAAACAGCUUACGAGCAUCGGAUACACAGAACCAAGCAGCCGACCACCAUCUGAUACACAGCUCCAAUAAGUCUACCACCAUCUGAUACACAGCACCAAUCAGCCUACCGUCAUCUGAUACACAGAACCAAUCAGCCUACCACCAUCUUAUACACAGAACCAAUCAGCCUACCACCAUCUGAUACACAGCUCCAAUAAGCCUACCACCAUCUGAUACACAGCUCCAAUAAGUCUACCACCAUCUGAUACACAGCUCCAAUAAGUCUACCACCAUCUGAUACACAGAACCAAUUGGCCUACCACCAUCUGAUCCACAGAACCAAUCAGCCUACCACCAUCUGAUACACAGAACAAAGCAACCGACCGCCAUCUGAUACACAGAACCAAUCAGCCUACCACCAUCUGAUACACAGCUCCAAUAAGCCUACCACCAUCUCAUACACAGAAUCAAUCAGCCGACCACCAUCUGAUACACAGAACCAAUAAGCCUACCACCAUCUGAUACACGGAAUCAGUCAGACGACCACCAUCCGAUACACAGAACCAAUCAGCCGACCACCAUCUGAUACACAGCUCCAAUAAGCCGACCACCAUCUGAUACACAGAACCAAUCAGCCUACCACCAUCUGAUACCACCAUCGGAUAUAAUAAAUAAAAUUUGACCUA